CAGCACUAGACUCGCACCCGUCAGCUAAUCACCAUCAGACUGAGAACGUUGUGGAAGUAGUGGUGAGCGUUGCUGGUGCGACCCGAGUGCAGAGAUGUCAUCUGAUGGAAACGACGAAGAUUUUCACAAUGGUCACCAUUUCUCCGGUGAGCCAAGCACUGUUUCGCCACAAUGGAGCGAAAGACACUACCAAAAUUACCAAACUCCACUUGUUAGCCCAAAGACAGAGUCAUUUCAACAACACAGGCAAGAUCUACGCUGGAGCAGCAAUGCGCAUAUGAAUGUUGAGAAGCCACACCGCGUCCUAGAUCCCGAGCGGUGGAGACAAGAGCAGCGACACAUGCGUUCUCAUCCACAGCCAUAUGGACAAAGUGAUUGGACGGAACACCCUAAUUAUUCCGAAAACAGUGAAGGGUAUGAUUAUUUUCACGGCAGAACGUUUCUGCCUAGAGUUGCACAGGAAGGCGAUUUGGCUGUGAAUCAAGGCUAUGCACCAGUUUAUGAAAGCCAUUCCGAUCCCGUGAACCGAAGGAACGGAUCGGGUGUCAGCAGGGGAAGGCGAGAUGAGCAUGCAUGGGACGUAAGAGAUGAGCAUCAGCGAGCAGCCAAUGAGUAUAACGAUAGAAGAGGCUAUGAAAAGGAGAAGCGAGGCCCGAGAAUGGAGUCCAGCAGGGUGGACUAUUCCUCCGGACAGCGUAAGACAGCAGAGGAGGAGCACGGAGACAAUCACCAGUCACACUACGAGGAAGAGGUUUCUCACAGAGGACCUCGGAGGCAUGAAAAUGAGCUUCAGGGAUCACCAUCAGAAUGUGAAGAAGACAUUCGAAACAUGUUGCCAUCACAGGUCGAUCUUUAUAAAGGUACUCUUCGUUUUCGUGGGAGUGUCCGCACCCGCAGGGCUUCCCACGGCAGUCUUGUACACGCCUGGGAGGAACAGGAACCUGAGGAAGAGCCCUCGACGGAAGCUGAGAUGCUGGAAGCUCUCCACUCAUUGCGAGAUCAGCCGUGGCCACUAGACCUGCGCAGGGACACCAAAAAGCGACUCAGUGCAAAGCUGGCCAGUACGGAGGUGAAGUGGUACUCUACGCAGCCCGUGGCCAAGGCGGUGAGGAAGGGAGGAAGCUCUCUGGCCAGGAUCCUUCAGGCUAACUACAUAUGGCGCAACGUUCUCAAACGCAUCGAGGGGAGGUUUGGGUCCAGCGUCUAUGCGUUUUUCAAUUUUCUGCGAGCCAUGAUCCAGCUGAACCUGGUGCUGAGCCUGGUGGUGGUGGGUGGCAUAGUGGUGCCCUCCGUCCUGCUAGCCGGCGACCCUAGUCUGCAGGCGUGGGGGUGGGUGACAAAUGUUAACUCCUCUGGCGAUCACGACCCCUGCCUCGACUUUCAGCUGGAGGCAAACGAAAAGUUCUUGAUUUGCAACGAGAAUUACACCGAGAACCUCAAGGAGAUCGAACAAAAACACGAAGUAAGCUUCAUAAAGAUAGUUCAAGAUUUCCUGCAAGGCACUGGCUUAUUUGAGUGGACGAUCCUCUUCGCGGGUCGCUAUCCUGCCUCGGCUGGCGACAACGGUUACCUGGCCAGCCUCGCUUACUUCCUGUCGGUCUUCACUGCUUACCUCGUAUCCUUUGUUUUCAUGGUGUACUUCGUAGCGAAAUUCUUCCGCCAGACACCUCUACGAUUGAAAGAGAAGUCCACGAUCUUCGCCAACAUAGUUUUCACCGGUUGGGACUUUACAGUGCGGGGAGCUGAGGCGGCCCGGACGGUACACAUUUGUUUCACGGGAGAGGUGAAGACGGCUUUUGAUGAUGAUCAAUUCCUUCAAAGAAAAUUACGUCGUACAAAGAGGGAAUACGUUACUCUCUUGCUCACCCGGGCAUGCGUGAACGUUUUGGUUAUCGGUCUCAUCAUCGGAAGCUGGGUGGGCAUCUAUUUCCUCGUGGAUGUAUCUCAGAAAAACAUUGACGGAGGUUCGAAUGAAAAGUUUUUUUGGGAGUACGCCCCGACUGUCACUGUGGCAGCCUUCAACUUUAUGUACCCAUUGCUGUUCACCUUUGUGGUACAAUACGAAUACUACCGCGGCCACACCGAGCUUCUUGUUACUCUCAUUCGCAGUGUUUUUGUCAGAUUAACAUCCCUGGUUGUUCUUAUUUUCACAAAACUCAUCGUGAUAUCACAGGAAUCACGAAGCUGUGAUCCCAAAGACCCUUUCAUCUGCUGGGAGACGCACCUCGGCCAGCAAGUUUACUCAGUCUUCGUCCUGGACGCCAUUCUGCAGUGUGGAAUGACUUUUGUGGUGGACGUCGCCCGCAAAGCACUUGGCCGCUUCAACAAUCCUUUACUAAAGACACUGAGUCAAAUAGAGUUUUUUGUUCCAGGUCACGUUUUGGAUGUCGUGUACCUUCAGUGCAUUUGUUGGCUGAGCAUCAUUCAUGCUCCGGUCUUGUUCAUUGUCUGUUCCCUUUAUUUUUGUCUGCUCUUCUUUUUAAAGUUGUUCACUGUGUCAGUCACGUGUGUUCCGGCGACGCGAGUGUUCCGCGCCUCCCGCUCUUCAGCCAUGUUCAUGACUAUCUUAUGCCUUGCAUUCCUGCUGUGUCUUGUCCCCAACGGCAUGGCGCUGCUCUACCUGCGUCCCUCGCUGGCCUGCUCGCCAUUCAGAGGACUCGACUACAGCUGGCAGGUGUUUACCUACUACGUUUGCAGGCUGACCGGCUCCACCUAUUGGAUCAGGUGGGUGGUGUUCACCGUAGACGAGGCGCUGGUGGUGGGAGCGCUGAUAGUGGCCGUUCUGUUGCUCCUCGCCUACUAUCUCUCCCUCAUCAGUGUUCGCAGCCUCAUCAGAAGGCUGGAGAAGAAGCUCAAGCAUGCAUCCAAUGACAAAGUCUUCCUCAUGAACCAACGCGAGCAACAACAGAUUCCUGGUCCAGGGCGCUGAGGGAAGUUUGGCCAGCUGUGAAUCAUCUGGCGGUGUUUACUUACGUGUUCCUUUCAGCUGAGCAUCUCACCUUCAAAUUAGUGUUCAGCAAGGAGGUAGUAAAAACCCACCGAAACGAUAAAUUACUCCCAGCGAGGUCUAAUAACAUUAGUUCAGGGAUGCUGUGAACUUUCCAUUAAAGCUAGUUGUGAUCUCACUGAACAUUUCCCUUUGUGUCUCACAACCCAAGGGGGCAGUCACAGCCUGCCCCCUAAAGACAACUCUCCUUCUUCAUACAAAACUACAUGAACUUCUCACACACACACACACACACACCCUUAACUUAAAAUUCAAAAUUCAAAAUGGCGAAUCCAAAUUCAGCCUCGAAGUCCCCUUCUGGGGAGGGGAACGGAAAUGUCUUCAGGUCGGACUGCUCUCUCGGUGGAGACCCAAAAUAUCUUAACACCUCCCUCGACUUUUUCUUCACUAACUUCUGCAACAUUCACGGUCUUAGAUCUAAUUUUCAAUCUGUAGAACACCACCUCCCCUCUACAAAACCUCAUCUUUUCCUCACCGAAACACAGCUGUCUGAGGCAACUGACAGUAG